CACGACAAAACAUCACUGAACACCCAGCAAGCAUAACGUGUAAUUUUUGGGGAGAUUACAUUGUAGCGUGGCCUGUUACAGAAUAGCCUACAACAAGAGCAAUGGCAUGCUCUUGUAAACAUCCGAGCUCAUGCUAAAAGUGGGAUCUCACGAUUGUUCAGGCUAAUAAUAUUCCUUGUUUCUCUGGUUUUGUAGGUUUUCGACUCGAACUGAAACGCUUUUGGGGGAAGAAAAAAAACUCUGUGUUCUGCGUGGACGUUUGUUCCUGUCUCGCCCCAUUCCGCCUAAUCGCAGCAGAUGGAGGGUUGCUGAGAGCCGGGGAGUGAGAUCAGCAUCUUUUCACUCGUUGAGGCAGCAUCCGAACAGCUGCAGCUGCUCGCUCCCUCUCUCCAGAUCACUCUCUCCCGUACGCAGGAAAGAGCGAAACGGAACUCUAUUUUACAGCAAGGACCUUGCCUUAUUCGGUAGAUUCAACGAAUUUUAUGAUUUGCAACCUAGACUUAAAUUCUAUUUGCUCAUGGUUGUAACCUCGAUGAUGGUCUUGCUAUCGGCGCCAAGGGGAGAUGUAAACUGAUUCGUUGGAGGUGGGUUGUAGCCGUAGCAGCGCUGUGCUGACUGACAAAGCGACAGACCGACAGAGCGAGGAGAGGAGAGCAGAGGAGCUGUCCAUAGGCUGGUGGUGCUGAUGCGGCGGCUCUGAGAAAAGCAGAGAAACCGAGCAUGGCUGCAGGGAAGUUACUGCUCUACGCCGGCCUGUCCCUCUCUCUGUGCGCCCUAGGAAUGCUCGCAGUGGCGAUCUGUUCCGACCACUGGUACGAGACUGACGCGCGGAGGUAUCGGGAGCGCUGUCGGAGUUUCUCCAGCCGUAAGAACCCAGGCUUUAUCUACAUCCCCAACAACAGCCUCCCUCUGCGGGCUAGCCGCUCCAGACUGGACCGCUGGGAGGACAAGCUGCUCCUAGCCCGGAACAGAAGGCAGCUGUUCGCUAUGUCCGCCGCGGACGAGUGUAGCAGGCAGUACAACUCCACCAACAUGGGACUGUGGAGCAAAUGUCACCGACUGGGCUUCGACCAGGACACAGAAGACCUCAUUCGCAAAGGUUCCAUUGCCAGAUGUUCCUACAUCAAAUACCACUACUCUUCAGCAACGAUACCCAAGAACCUCUCGUAUAACAUCACGAAGACCAUACGACAGGAUGAGUGGCACUCUUUGCACCUGCGGCGGAUGACGGCAGGCUUCAUGGGCAUGGCUGUAGCCAUCAUUCUGUUUGGCUGGACGAUAGGUGUUCUGGGAUGCUGCUGGGAUAGAGGACUGAUGCAGUACGUGGCAGGAUUACUGUUCCUCAUGGGAGGCACCUUCUGUAUAAUCUCUCUCUGUACCUGCGUGGCGGGGAUCAACUUCGAGCUGUCCCGUUAUCCUCGCUAUCUGUACGGCCUGCCGGACGACAUCGGCCACGGCUACGGCUGGUCUAUGUUCUGCGCCUGGGGAGGUCUGGGGCUCACCCUCAUCGCUGGUUUCUUCUGUACCCUGGCUCCCUCCGUCCAGCCCAUCCCUCGAUCCACCUGCCCCAAGUCGAGGCAGGAGAACGGGACGGUCUGCUAGAGGGACUGGGAUGGAGGAUAGAGGGACUGGAGGUCCAGUUCCUAGAUAGAUAGCUGACUACACCUUUAACCACACAGGACAGCCGUAACAAAAGAGAAUUUAACAAACAAAAAUGUAACAAUGAGUUGACAAAUCAAUGCAUUCAUUUAAUUAAUCAUUUUCCACUUAAAGACAAUGUUUUGUUUUUUCUUUGUUUAAAGUGUGUGUGUGUGUGUGUGUGUGUGUGUGUGUGUGUGUGUGUGUGUGUGUGUGUGUGUGUGUGUGUGUGUGUGUGUGUGUGUGUGUGUGUGUGUGUGUGUAUAAACAUGAUCUGGUUUCUUGAAAAACAAUUGAUUUUUUUUUUUUACACGAACUGACAGAAAAAUCUAGUCAUCGAUCUGAAGUUGUGCUGGGGGGGGGUUGUAGUCGGGGAUGUUGUGAUGCUUGAAAUGGAUGUACCAUGAAACGGCCUUCUCUACUGGGGGGAACGAGAGGAACCUUUCAGUAAUGAACGAUGACAGGCGAUGACAGACAACAAGGGAUGGGAGUGACAAGAACAACAGCCUGAACCUCAGAGGAACUAACUCAUCAUGGUGACCAGCCUCCACAACAAGGAGAAUAACUGAAACUCUGUUGUUGCUGAGGGGAGGACGGCUCAUCAUAAUGGCUUGAACGGCGCAAAUGGAACGGUAUCAAACACGUGGAAACCAUGGAAACCAAACCAUGGAAACCAAACCAUUCAAACAAAUGAUAACCAUGGAAACCAAACCAUUCAAACACAUGGAAACCAUGGAAACCAAACCAUUCAAACACAUGGAAACCAAGCCAUUCAAACACAUGGAGACCAUGGAAACCAAACCAUUCAAACACAUUGAAACCAUGGAAACCAAACCAUUCAAACACAUUGAAACCAUGGAAACCAAACCAUUCAAACACAUUGAAACCAUGGAAACCAAACCAUUCAAACACAUGGAGACCAUGUGUUUGAUACCAUUCCACCUAUUUCCUCUCAAGCCAUUUACCACGAGCCCGUCCUCCCCAAUUGAGGUGCCACCAACCUCCUGUGUCGAAGAGGGUUAAAUCAACACUAACUGAAAGGGGUCAAAGGUUGGAGUAUUAUAAACAGCACAUCCUGUUCUAAAGAGACACCUCAGCUUGUUGGAGACUUCCGAUUGGACUAGCUGUGUGUUCCUCAGAUCUACUCUGGGUCAUUGGACUAGCUGUGUGUUCCUCAGAUCUACUCUGGGUCAUUGGGACUAGCUGUGUGUUCCUCAGAUCUACUCUGGGUCAUUGGGCUAGCUGUGUGUUCCUCAGAUCUACUCUGGGUCAUUGGGCUAGCUGUGUGUUCCUCAGAUCUACUCUGGGUCAUUGGACUAGCUGUGUGUUCCUCAGAUCUACUCUGGGUCAUUGGACUAGCUGUGUGUUCCUCAGAUCUACUCUGGGUCAUUGGACUAGCUGUGUGUUCCUCAGAUCUACUCUGGGUCAUUGGACUAGCUGUGGGAGAAGAAUGGCACAUCACACGAUACAGGCUCUCUAGAGUAUCUCUACUGUUGUACAAAACUACCGAAUCAUCAUUCCAGAGAAAUUACAGCCAGGAAAUGCCAUGUUGGAGCAUUGUCAUGCCCACCGGGGGCAUACUAGUUUGCAUCCCAAAUGGCCCCCUUUUCCCUCUGGUCCCUAGUCAACAGUAGUACAGUACACUGGAUAGGGAAAUAGGUUGCCAAUCGUCCCAAAUGGCUCCCUUUCCCCUCUGGUCCCUAGUCAACAGUAGUGCACUGGACAGGGAAUAGGAUGCCAAUGGAGACACAUACCUAUUUCUUCAAGCCCCGUCUAUCCUCAGUCAUCUAACAUUUUAUACAUUCAUUCACUCUCUUUGUAUCGUCCUGAAACCCAUCCUGAAUGAAGGAACUGUGUGUUGUACUGAAACCCAUCCUGAAUGAGGAAACUGUGUGUUGUCCUGAAACCCAUCCUGAAUGAAGGGAACUGUGUGUUGUACUGAAACCCAUCCUGAAUGAAGGGAACUGUGUGUUGUACUGAAACCCAUCCUGAAUGAAGGGAACUGUGUGUUGUACUGAAACCCAUCCUGAAUGAAGGGAACUGUGUGUUGUACUGAAACCCAUCCUGAAUGAAGGGAACUGUGUGUUGUACUGAAACCCAUCCUGAAUGAAGGGAACUGUGUGUUGUACUGAAACCCAUCCUGAAUGAGGGAACUGUGUGUUGUACUGAAACCCAUCCUGAAUGAGGGAACUGUGUGUAGUACUGAAACCCAUCCUGAAUGAAGGGAACUGUGUGUUGUACUGAAACCCAUCCUGAAUGAAGGGAACUGUGUGUUGUACUGAAACCCAUCCUGAAUGAAGGGAACUGUGUGUUGUACUGAAACCCAUCCUGAAUGAAGGAACUGUGUGUUGUACUGAAACCCAUCCUGAAUGAAGGGAACUGUGUGUUGUACUGAAACCCAUCCUGAAUGAGGGGACUGUGUGUAGUACUGAAACCCAUCCUGAAUGAAGGGAACUGUGUGUUGUACUGAAACCCAUCCUGAAUGCAGGAAACUGUGUGUAGUACUGAAACCCAUCCUGAAUGCAGGAAACUGUGUGUUGUACUGAAACCCAUCCUGAAUGAGGGGACUGUGUGUUGUACUGAAACCCAUCCUGAAUGACGGGAACUGUGUGUUGUACUGAAACCCAUCCUGAAUGAAGGGAACUGUAUGUUGUACUGAAACCCAUCCUGAAUGAGGGAACUGUAUGUUGUACUGAAACCCAUCCUGAAUGAGGGGACUGUGUGUAGUACUGAAACCCAUCCUGAAUGAAGGAACUGUGUGUUGUACUGAAACCCAUCCUGAAUGAGGGGACUGUGUGUAGUACUGAAACCCAUCCUGAAUGCAGGAAACUGUGGGUAGUACUGAAACCAAUCCUGAAUGCAGGAACUGUGUGUUGUACUGAAACCCAUCCUGAAUGAAGGAAACUGUGUGUAGUACUGAAACCCAUCCUGAAUGAGGGGACUGUGUGUAGUACUGAAACCCAUCCUGAAUGCAGGAAACUGUGGGUAGUACUGAAACCCAUCCUGAAUGCAGGAACUGUGUGUUGUACUGAAACCCAUCCUGAAUGAAGGAAACUGUGUGUAGUACUGAAACCCAUCCUGAAUGAAGGAAACUGUGGGUAGUACUGAAACCAAUCCUGAAUGAAGGAACUGUGUGUUGUACUAGUACUUUAAACAAUAUUACCCUGGUUCUGUCCUGUCAUCUGUUGUUUGGGAGGACAAUAUUACCCUGGUUCUGUUCUGUCACCUGUUUAAACAAUAUUACCCUGGUUCUGUCCUGUCAUCUGUUUGGGAGGACAAUAUUACCCUGGUUCUGUUCUGUCACCUGUUUAAACAAUAUUACCCUGGUUCUGUCCUGUCAUCUGUUUGGGAGGACAAUAUUACCCUGGUUCUGUUCUGUCACCUGUUUAAACAAUAUUACCCUGGUUCUGUCCUGUCAUCUGUUU